AUGAAUUUUUCAGUUAAUAUGGGUGCCGAAUACAGUCAACCGACACGACUUGCAGCAUUAAGCACUUUUAUAGCGGAUGCAAAUAGUGGUUCAGAAAGAGGUGCAUCUAGAGUACGUUGUUGGAAAUGUUCAGGUCAUGGACGACUUUAUAUUGAAGAAGAAUGCACUUCAUGUCGAUGUCAAGAUCAAGGAACUUGGUCGAAUUAUACAAGACAUUGUUCAUGUAAUGGCUAUGGUCGUAAAACAAGUACUCAAAUAUGUGAUGAUUGUCAUGGGCGAGGUUAUCGAUAA